AUGACUCCUCAUCAGAGUUGGUUCACCGGUUACGGAGAGCGCGAUGGUGGCCAAGUAUUUAUGGAAAGUGCCUAUAAUGUGGUGGGUGUUGGAUUGGUGCACAUCAAGAUGUUUGAUGGCUUGGAGCGUACUUUUACCAAAAUAAGACACAUUCCUGAUAUGAGGAAGAGCUUGAUAUCUCUUGGAGUACUCGAGGCACUUGGGUGCAGAUUCACCAGUUGUGAUCGUGUCCUUAAAGUUUCAAAAGGGGCACUCAUGGAUGUGAAGAUUGCCUUUCUACAUGGAGAAUUAGAAGAGCAGAUCUACAUGAAACAACUAGAAGGCUUCAUAAUAAAAGGGGCAGAGAAGAAGGACUACGUCUUAUCUUUUGAAAAAUCAGGGGCCAAGUUAGUAGGGUAUAUGGAUUUUGAUUACACCGGCAGUGUGGAUACAAAAAGGUCGACUUCCGUCAUGACCAGCAUCGACUGUGGCGCGGCCGACUCCUACGUUGAUAGCAACUUCAUCGGAUGGGUCGGCGACAAUCUCUACAUAUCAAACGGUGAAAGCCGGGUGGUGCAGAACUCUGCCUCUGUCUCCCACGUCCUGAGCACUCUCAGAGUCUUCUCCACUCGUAAAAAGAACUGCUACUCCAUUCAAGUUGACAAAGGCAGCCAAAUCCUAGUCCGUGCAAUGUUUUAUUAUGGAAACUAUGAUAAGACAUCAUCCCCACCAUCCUUCGAUCUUCAAUUCGAUGGGAAUUACUGGGCCACCGUGACAACAUCAAUGGAUAGCACUGAAGUAUAUGAAGCGAUAUAUGCCGUUAAAGGCGACACCACGAGCGUGUGUGUAGCACAGACAAAACCUAAUCAGCUACCAUUUAUAUCAUCGCUUGAAGUGAGGAGCUUGGAUGCGAAUAUGUACAAUACGGUGACGGCCGACUACGCAUUGUUUCUAUUAAGUAGAUCUGCGUUCGGAGCAAAACAGACUGUGAGGUACUCAGACGAUUCGUAUGAUCGUAUUUGGACACCGGUCGCAGCAUCCGGCAGCUUAACCACAGUCACAAGCGAUGCAUCAUUCAUCAAUACAAACGUUGCAGAUAAUCCACCGAGCACUGUGCUACAGACUGCGUUGACAUCCGCAACCGUAUCUAAUUCGAUAGUUCUAACCGCUCCCAAUCUGAAAACUGAAGUCCCCGUUUACAUCAACGCAUACUUUUCAGAGGUGGCCCAGUUGGGCCCAAGUGAUAAACGCUCGAUCCAGGUAUUCAUCAACAACACUAGUAGCGGGGACCCAUUUGCUCCGCCUUAUGAAAGUACUCUAGAGUACACAUUUUACAACAUAACCGCCGAUGCGAACACGACGAUGACUCUAUCUGCGACCGCUGAUUCAACUCUUCCACCAAUCAUCAAUGCUCUGGAGAUCUUCAGUGUUAGCAAUGUACUCACCAGCGGUACCGAUAGCAAUGAUGUGCAAGCAUUGAGUUCUCUACAACAACAGUUUGAAAAGCUACAGGAGUGGAGUGGGGACCCAUGUCUUCCAGCCACAUUCAACUGGGAGUGGGUAGCUUGCAGCUCUCAUCCAAUACCCAGAAUCACAGCACUGUACCUAAAUGGGCUUCAGCUUAAUGGGGCCCUUCCAGAUUUUAGUGCCCUGGAUGCCGUUCAGACCAUAGACAUGCACAACAACAGCAUAAAUGGAGAAAUCCCUGGUUUUCUUGGAACACUUCCCAACCUAAAACAGCUGAACUUGGCAGGUAAUGAUUUUAUUGGUCCCAUACCAACAUCAAUAUCCAACAAUAACAAGAUAAAACUAGAUGUUUCUGGCAAUCCCAACUUGUGUGUUUCCGGCAAGAAAUGUGAAACAUCGAGUACUGGGACCGGCAUCAACACUUCUCCGGGUACCGGAACUACUAAGCUUUCCACAGGAAAGAAAAAGAAUAAAUUACCAGUGAUUCUUGGAUCUUCGAUUCCAUCUUUCUUGGUAUUCUGGGCUGUUGUGGGAUUUGUGGUGAUCACUCAAAAACGGAGAAAAGCUACAGGGCAAAUGGGUGGGCCAGGCAAACCUGGUGGACUGCCUGUGGCAAUGACAACAGGACCAGCCGCACAAGUGCAUGCUGUAAACGGUCAUUCCCCGGCAGCUCAACACCAAACGACAGCAGAUGAUAUCACGGUUGAUAUUGCCCAACAGAUGGGAUCAGAACUGGAUGAUCUAUUUCAGCAGCAAGCACAAGAAAAUGAGAAUGGCAAUAAUAAUAACUAGCCUCUCUCUCUCUCUCUCUCUCUCUCUCUCUCUCUCUCAUGUCCAAAACUCUAUGAUAAACGAUUUAGUGGCUUAAUUGCGGGUUUAUAUUCCAUGUAAGAUGGAUUAUCAACUUAAUCGUGUUAUCUUUCUUUUCUUUUUUUCUUUUGUUUUAAUUUCUAAAUCCAAUUGUUAUUAGAAUAAAAAAUUAUUCUUGGCUUGUAUUAAGUUUU